GUUCCUAUCUUCGUCUUCUUCGUUCAGAAAUGGGAAGCGAGAACCAUAGAUUUACGUCAAGAUAGCUUUUUUUCUAUCAAGAAUCGCAAAGCUAUUUCGCGUAACAUUACAAUCGUCGUUCAGAAGAAACGAAUUGGGUUUGACAAAGCUUCGAUAUUCAGGGAGAUUUCUGGGUUAAUUUGUGAAAGAAUCAGAGAAAUUUAGAGUUUUUUUUUUGGGGGUAAAUUUGAGAUGAAGCCACACGAAGAUUGGGUUUAUGAAUCAUGGACAGUAGAUUGUGUUUGUGGUGUGAAUUUUGAUGAUGGUAAAGAGAUGGUUGAUUGUGAUGAAUGUGGUGUUUGGGUUCAUACAUGGUGUUCUCGUUAUGUUAAAGGUGAUGAUUUGUUUGUUUGCCACAAGUGUAAGAUAAAAAACAAUGAAGAUGAAUUGUCCAAGUUAUCGGUUACUAAAUCGUUGAGAAUGGAGAAUUUAUGUACGCAGAGUAGUGAGAGUGUUGUAUUGAAGGCUUGUUCAGAGAUACCAAUUGAAGAAAGGGUUCAUGUACAAGGAGUUCCUGGUGGUGAUUUGGGUUUGUUUGAAUGUGUUUCUUCGGUUUUUAGUCGGCAGUUAUGGAAGUGUAGUGGUUAUGUGCCUAAGAAGUUUAGGUUUCAGUGUAGGGAGUUUCCUUGUUGGGAUGAGAAGGAGAAUGUGUGUGAUGUUGUUGGGGAUGAAGAUGAUAGUAAUCUUGCUGGUGUUUUGUUGUCUAUGUCGAAAGAAAACGGUGUGGAUGGUAAGGGAGACAAUGCUAGGAAUUGUGGUUCUAGAGAAAUUGAGAGUGAUGUAGAGAAAGAGAAGAGCUUGCUUUGUGAUCCUUUGAGUAUAUAUAAGAGGAGAAACGAGUCGGUGGGUGGUUUUGAAGAUGGGGUAAAGAAGAAGGUUAAAGUUGCUGAUAAAGAGGAAGAAUAAUGAUGUAAGAAGGCUUUGAUUUGGAUACAGAAGAGGCAUUAUGUGUUACACAACCAACAUUUCUUAUUUUAAUAGAUUUCUUACACAAGAAUGUUUCAGGAUUAGUAGGCGCUCAAAAUCUUGAAGGCUUCGCGGACUCUCCUCGCCCUCCGUCCUUCCAUAGAUGAAGUUGAAUUCUCUGACAAUUCUCACCAUGAACAAUUUUAGGUGAUUUCAAAUAGAUAAGAAAGCUCUUGUUGGAAGGCAGUGCACUAAAGGGUCCUGAUAUCCUACUUGUAUUCCAAAAAACUCUUCUCUUGAAUAUGAAAGGCUGCAAAGCGUUGGUGCGACUUCCAAAUUGUUUCCGGAACUUACGGAGUAUAUGCAGAAUUUUGUGCUUUAUGGAACAAGAAUAAACUUGAAAUGCCAAAGUUAUUGCAUUGCA